GAACAGACAAGGUGGGAAGGAGGCCAGGAAGCAACAGCCUGUGGUGAUACUCUUGGGCUGGGGAGGCUGCAGGGACAAGAACCUGGCCAAGUAUAGUGCCAUCUACCACAAAAGGUUUGGAAUUUCAAGUUGAGUGUGAGAAGUGGUCCUAAGUCCAGGAAUCAGAUAUAAUUAAGGGUCAGACCCCCAAAUACAGACAGCUUGAACUCUAUCUUCAGGCCCCUGCGACAGGGAAGGGGAAAGGACUGCGAUGCGGAGCCGGCUCAUCGGCGCCCUCUGGUGGCCAACGCUGGGACCUGCAUGCCAUCUCUCGAUCUACUUGUGUCUAGGAAGGCUGCAUUGUGAUCCGAUACACGGCCCCCUGGCACAUGGUCUUCUUCUCUGAGUCCUUGGGCAUCCCCUCACUUCGUGUGAUGGCCCAGAAACUGCUUGAGCUCCUCUUUGACUAUGAGAUUGAGCGGGAGCCUCUGCUCUUCCACGUCUUCAGCAAUGCGGGCGUCAUGCUCUACCGCUAUGUGCUGGAGCUCCUACAGACCCAUCAGCGCUUCCGCCAUUUGCAUGUGGUGGGCACCAUCUUUGACAGUGGUCCUGGUGAUAGCAACCUGAUAGGGGCCCUGAGGGCCCUGGCAACCAUCCUGGAGCGUCGACCAGCCGUGCUGCGCCUGCUGCUCCUGGCAGCGUUUGCCCUGGUAGUGGUCCUGUUUCACUUCCUGCUUGCUCCAUUCACUGCCCUCUUCCACACCCACUUCUACGACAGGCUGCAGGACUCAGGCUCCUGCUGGCCUGAGCUCUACCUCUACUCUAGAGCUGAUAAAGUGGUCUCUGCCAGGGAUGUGGAACGUAUGGUAGAGGCACGCCUGGCUCACCAGGUCAUGGUGCGCGGAGUGGACUUUGUGUCAUCUGCGCAUGUCAGCCACCUCCGAGACUAUCCUACUUACUAUACAAGUCUGUGUGUUGACUUCAUGCAUAAUUGUGUCCAAAGCUAAGGUCCUGCUCCAGAAAUAAACGCCGGCACCUCCCUUCAA